UUCGGAAUGAAGUUAACCAACACUGAGUAUCUGCUCCCUUGGAGCUUGGAAUCAUCCGUCAGAAAAGAAUAAACUACAAUAGAAUGCGGCAUUGAACGCACAAAAAUAAAACAAAAAAGCAGAAGCGGUGUUAGGAUGGAAACGUCGAAUCCUUCAAAGGAGGCCCUCGUUGAGGAGGGGCCCAGCGAGGAAGAGGAGGGCCCAGUCAAGUCCGAUCCAGGCCACAGCGAAACAUUGUCGCGGGUACUGCGGACCCAGUUCGAAUCCCGGUACAACAUAGUAGACCUGCCGACUCCACUGAACGCCUAUAUGUCCGGCCGGUACAAGCAAAGUUUCGCGUACCACACACUCCGGAGUCGCCUCCCUGUAAUUCUCACCAACGUGGUGGACACCCUUACCCGGGACAAGAGCGAACUGGUGGCCCAAUUUGCUCCCCACGACUUUGAACAGGCUGCCCGCGAGGAGCUGAAGAUCAUCAUUGGGCUAAUCUCCAGGCUGAAGUACGAGAUGCAGACCGACAAGCCGUUCCACAACUUCACGGGCGAUGAACCCGACCGUGAGGCUUGGAACACCUUCAUAAGUCAUCUGCCAAGUGCCGAGCGAAGCUUCUACCGGGGAUCCAGCCUGCAUUCUGAGUGCUACCUGCACCGAAAGCUAUACUCGUUCGUGGAAAACAGCAUAUUUCUGAAGUCCUACGACUUCUUCGCCAAAGUUAAGGAGCAGACACUGAUCGACUGCAUGAACGACAUUCUGGACCUGACAAAGCACACACGUCGUUCGGACAACAGUGUGGAGGUGUUCGCCGACCUCUUGAAGAUCAACAUGUGGAGCAACAGCGUGUCCAGCGAUCCGCAAGAAGCAAUGAAACAAAAUUUCAAGGUUCUGCAGGAUGUUGGCGCCACGGAUGAAAAUAUAGUGGUUAAUGAUGCAGUGGAGAUUUGGAAUUGUUUCGAUAACAAGAAGCAAAAGAAAUUAAAGCAAGUCGACGUUAUCCUGGAUAACACUGGAUACGAGCUCUUCAGCGACUUUGUGCUGGCAGAGUAUAUAAUCGAGAAAGAUCUCGCUAGCAAGGUUCGCUUCCAUGUGAAGGCACAUCCCUGGUUCGUGACCGAUGUAACCGAGCGCGACUUCAGGUGGACCCUACAGUACUUAAGCCAGCAUGCCGACUAUAUGAUCAGCUUGAUGGGCAAGAAGUUUCUGCAGUUUCUUGAGGAAGGAAAGUUUGAGCUAGCCCCAAUCUCACGUUUCUGGACCUCGCCGCAUGCUUUCUACAACAUGCUCCAAACAGACCCGGAUCUGUAUGCCUUGCUCCAACAGUCAAAGCUGGUCAUUUUCAAGGGCGAUCUAAACUACCGAAAACUGCUCCAGGACGUUUGCUGGAACAGCAGCCAAGAGACUAGCACCUGUCUGCGUGGCUUCCUGCCUACCAACAUCUGCAUGCUGCGGCGGGUCAAAAGCGAGAUCAUUUGCGGCUUAAAAGAAGGCGUGGAUCAGGCGCUGAGUAAAAAGGAUCCACAUUGGAAGGUUUCGGGCAACUAUGGUGUCAUUCAGUUCGUCGACGGAACCCGCGAAUUCGGCUAUUAGUGUUUAGUGUCUCAAUGUACCAAAAAGGCUUCGCAGUUUAAAUUAUUCGAUAUUAUAUAGUCGUUGCAUAUCCUUCAGAACUCUCAGAUCUGUAACAUUAAAUUAAUACCUUUGUAAUUGUGAAAUUUAUAUCACCAAAUAUUAAACUUUUUUUCAAAUAA